GCCGAGCUCAGCUGACUCUCCAGCUGCUCCGCGGGACUCCGGAGUCGGGAUCUGUCAUCACGGCGGAGGCGGGGAGCCCCCCAGAAGGAGCGGGGGGAGAGAGCGCAGGAGCAGGCUGACCGCGCGCGCGUCCGCGUCUCCAUCCUCCGCGCUCCGCGGAAGGAUGCAGUGAUGCUGUGCACGAGGAGAACUAAAACUUUGGUGUCGACGUGCGUGAUCUUGAGCGGCAUGACCAACAUCUUGUGCCUCCUUUACGUCGGCUGGAUCACCAACUAUGUGGCCAACAGUCCGAAAGUUGCGGAGGGCGGCGGGGAGGCGGACAGAAAGUUGGAGGAGGACAGCAAAGGAGAGACCCUGAGGAUUAUCCAGAGGCUGGACCGGCUGGAGAGCGUCGUGAACGAGCACAUCAAAGACACCCCACAGAAGGAUGGUGAAGAUGCCAUGUCCUCACCCGACUCCGCCUCUGACCCCGCCUCCUCGCUUUUCAACCACUGGGGUCGAGACUUGGGUCCAGAGAGUCGAAGGGCGGCCCUGAAGAAGUUCCGUUACUAUGGCUACAACAGCUACCUGAGCGACCGUAUCUCCCUGACCCGGCCGAUCCCGGACCUGCGUCCGGACGGGUGCAGAAACAUGACGUAUUCAUCAGACCUUCCUCAGCUGAGCGUCAUCUUCAUCUUCGUUAAUGAGGCCCUGUCGGUGUUGCUGCGCUCCGUCCACACGGUCAUCCAGAGGACUCCAGCCUCCCUGCUGCAGGAGAUCAUACUGGUGGAUGACCACAGCAGCAGCUUGGAGCUGAAGGAACACCUGCAGACCUUCGUGGAUGAAAUGAACAGCCAGCACGGCCCCUCCUUCAUCAAAGUGGUCCGCCACGACAAACAGGAAGGCCUGAUCCGGUCCAGAGUCAGUGGGUGGCGGGCAGCCUCCGCCCCCGUGGUCGCUCUGUUUGACGCACACGUGGAGUUCAACACAGGAUGGGCAGAACCCAUUCUACAGCGGAUAAAAGAGGACCGGACUCGAGUUGUGUCUCCUUCUUUCGACAACAUCAAGUACGACACCUUUGAGAUCGAGGAGUACCCCCUCUCUGCUCAGGGCUUCGACUGGGAACUGUGGUGUCGAUACCUGAACCCUCCAAAGUCCUGGUGGACCCAACGAAACCACACGGCUCCCAUCAGGAGCCCUGCUCUGAUCGGCUGCUUUGUGGUAGACAGGAAGUACUUCGAGGAGAUCGGGCUGCUGGACGAGGGAAUGGAAAUUUACGGUGGAGAAAAUGUGGAGCUGGGCAUCAGGGUGUGGCAGUGUGGGGGCAGCGUGGAGGUCCUGCCUUGCUCCAGGAUCGCCCACAUCGAACGCGCCCUCAAACCUUACACAGAAAACCUGACGGCUCACGUUCGCCGGAACGCCCUGAGGGUGGCGGAGGUUUGGAUGGACCAGUACAGGAGCCACGUCUACAUGGCCUGGAACGUUCCUCUGCAGAACUCAGGAAUCGACAUCGGAGACGUUUCCCAGAGAAAAGCCCUCCGGUCCAGACUCCGAUGUCGACCGUUUAGCUGGUUCCUCGCCAACAUCUACCCAGAGCUGCGGUCCUACAGCGACACGGUCGCCUACGGGGUGCUGAAGAACAGCCUGCGCAGUGACCUGUGUCUGGACCAGGGACCCGACACGGACAACAUGCCCAUCAUGUACCUCUGUCAUGGGAUGACACCUCAGCAGAAUGUGUACUACACCAGCUCCCAGCAGCUCCAUCUGGGCGUCCUGAGUCCAACCAUCGACGAUGACGAUAACAAGUGUCUGGUAGAUGUGAACAGCAGACCCAGGCUGCUGGAGUGCAGCUAUGCAGCUACCAAGCACAUGAAGCUCACCUGGACGUUCACCCAGGACGGCUCCAUCCAGAACCUCGAGUCUCAGCGCUGUUUGGAGAUGGUCCAGAGCAGACAGUCAGAGUUCACCUUCCAGCUGGCCAUUCAGGACUGCACGGGCCAGAGAUGGACCAUCACCAACAUCCUGACUGUGCUUCCACAGUGAACUUCAGGAGAAAUGGAAAGAGAGACGUCAGUGAAGCUGGACCUAUUCUUAGCUCCAACCUGCCCAUAAAGUAGGAGCUUCCGACGCACCAUCAGUGAGUUAAUGAGCGUUUUAUGCCGCUGACCUGAGACGCAGAUAGAGCAGACGCUCCUAAAUUUCCUUGACUGCAAUCAAAGUGAGGAAUGUGACGAGUUCCUGUGAAAUCACAGGAGCAGGCUGCUUCCUGCUCAACGCGCCGCUGAUGGAUCCUGCUGCUUCCGUCAGGGUCUGAGCUCCUGCAGUCUCAUCCAUAAUCACCAUCAUAAGCUCAGCAUGCAUGGUGAUUCAGACGCCAGGCGAACGGCUGAGCUCAUUACACAAAUCCAAUGAUGGCGGCAGGUUACGUGUCGGGCCCGGGAGCUGCCCGCUUCCACAGCGUUACAGGAAGAAGACUGACAGACCGGCUUGAUUUAAAGAGACACCGUCAGGAACUUUGUGCCUCACAAGCUUCAGCCGGUGCUUUGGAAUAAACUACAUUUAAAGGAGAGGCGGCGGUCAGAGACGGAGCGGGUGAUCCAUCCAGCAAAGCAGGUUUUAAAACCCCCGUUAUCUGCUCUGACACCUGGGUAAUGCUGUUAGAGGAUGAAGAACACCUCCACAACUAAUUUCAUUGAAAGAGCAUCAGUUUGCAAAAACCUGCAGCACAGCCAGGUCUGAGUUUAGCUGGAUGCUGAGGCCAGGACUUCCCAAAGGAACCAGGCGGAUCUGGGCCUUUAAAGAAAUCCCUACGCUGGCAGACGAGGAGCUCAGACCUCCAGAAAUGAAAGAUGCUGAUCAAAUGUGUUCAUGAACACCUGAAAGGAAGAAGGCAGUAGAUUCUGCUCAGUUCAUGUUGACGUUUAGCUCCUUCCUUCAUGUUUGAUGAAUAUCAGCAUCAUUACACAGAAAAAUGACCCAUCAUAGAUGCCUCCAAUCAGCUUCUGUGAGAUGUGUCUGACGUAGUUUGGACUCAAACUGGAAGCACCACGCUCAGUCGUGGCUUCAAGCAUCAGAAAUGUAGAAACUUUAACUACAGAAAGUAAAAAGACCUUUGUUUCAAGAAGAAUUGACUUACCGUAUUUUCGGCACCAUAGGGCGCACCGUGUGAAUCGCAUAUUUCAGACUGAGAAAUAUUAGAGAAAGCUGGUUCGCUGUGGCGACCCCUGAAGGGAAGAAGAGGGCGCACCGUGUUUUAUAUAAGGCGCAAAAAAGGAACAGAAGCAAAACAAUGAGUUAAAUUUAACUUUAUUCCACAAUUCAACAAACCACUCUUUGAUCAAUCUUCUCCAACAAAACAUGUUUGGUGUUUGAAUUAAACAUGCCAGUUCUCAUUGCCGGGCAGUUGUUCAGCAAUGAUGCCGAAGGCUUUAACGAAAACUUGGCAAACAGUAGAGCUGCCACGAUUAGUCGACUAAUCAAUGAUUAAUCGACUAUUAAAAUAGUCGACGACUAAUUUAAUAGUCGAUUAGUCGUAUGGAGUCAAAGUAUAGUUAAAUUGAAAGUCAUAAUGGCAUUCUGCUAGUUUUUUUAGGCUAUUUUGGAGUUUGGCUAAUAUUUCAGCUACAUGCUAACUGUUUUGACUAAUAUAGGCUUUUUUUUAUUUUUUAGGCUAAUUUGGAGUUUAGCUAA